AUGCCACCGAAGAAAUGGCCAUACGCUCCUGGAGUUUACAACAAUCCAAAUGAUCACAACUACGCGACACGUUCGAAAGUACUUCCUGCCACAGCCCCACCACCGCUGCAUCUUCCACGCCGCCUCCAACCGGGCAACCCCCGACGAGUGAUCGCAGACAGAAUCAGGAAAUCGUGGCCAAUUACUCGUAGUGACAAACGACCCAGAGGCCUUCGGAGCUCUGGAGUUUCGUGUUACGUCAACAGCACUCUCCAAACUCUUCUUCACUUACCAAAGUUCUGCAAUUGGAUUCUAGAACACUGCGAUGAUAGAAGAGGUGUAGAUUGGCCUUGUCAUGCUGGAGAUCCAAAUCGCCAGCUUCCACUUUAUCAAAACAAUGAUCCACUGAUUCUGAAAUGCGGCGACGGUAUCAGAAAAUGUGUUCCUUGUUUACUGAAGGCUCUGGUCCAGACUUAUUGGGGGAAUGAUGGUCCUUGGGUCCUGCCACAUGACACACCACCGUUAGGACCCCUCAACUAUAUGACGAAACGAUGGUUUUGCAAACUCCCAGGUGCGUUUAAAGGUGGCAAUGAGGCGGACGAUGCUGCCCGACGACUUGCAGAGGAGACAUAUGAAGGACGGAAAGCACGGGAGAACGACGCCGAGGGCCAUCAAGAUGCAGACGAGUUCAUGAGAGCGGUGUUAAACGGAUGCACAGACAGCGUCACAUACGACCCUCAGAAUCUUAAGCGCCUCCGCGAGUUCAACUCCCUCUUCAUGCUCACCCGCCAUCAGACUAUGAUAUGCACAAACUGUCAAGGAAUUCGAAGGAUCGAACGCCAUGACCAAACCGAGGACAUCGGAUUCGCGAACGUCAAACCGCGUCUCACCGGACAGGACACGCUGGAGGACGCACUCGCACGUUGCGACUCGCUCGCCACUGAAACAGACACAUACAAAGGCCUAAGGUGCGACCUGUGCAGAAAAACCGGCUACAUUGUAGGACUCAGGAGCAUAUACUCUGCGCCCGAGUAUCUGCGCAUACACCUCUCACUCGGUGAGGUCGGUGCGAACCAACAGUCAACACUAGAUAAGAACAUCAAGAUCUUUACACCAAUUGAGAUCCCGGAAAUAUUGGACCUGACACAGUAUGUCCACGUCCCUGAUGUAGUUGGGCCUGUAGGUGUGGCUGCACCGGUCAAGUACACGGCCGAACCGCUACGGUACAAACUCAUCAGCGUGAUAUACCACGCCGGCGAAACGACGAAGUCCGGACACUUUGUAGCUGGCGUGACGAGUGUGGGGGACGACGCCGUGCAGAAGCUAGAUGUAGUGAAAGUGGAUAAAACCGGGCGGAAGCGCAAACGCGCGCGAGUCACACAGAAGAAAAGGAAGCGCGGUGCCGCAAAGAAGAAAGUUGCAGAGGAACUGGACGAGGGAGAUGAAGAUGAGGAGGAAGAUGAACGACCACCCACUCACUACUUCAUCAAUGACACGAUUGUCCGCCCCUGGCAAGGCGAAGAUGGAGAAAAUCCACUGACGAACAACCCUGAAUUCCGUGGGGGAGCUGAGUUUAACGCGUCCAUAUUGAUGUAUGUGCGUUUGCCGAAUGGGUCGCGCGGUUUGACGGAAGAGGUUGAGCAGUUGGUGGCGCCUGAGGGGAGGGAAGGGAGACGCAGAAAAAACAAGGACUUGGGUAUGGGGGGGACGCCCUGA